UCUUAUUUCCAUACAACGAAUCGUAAACAAUCAGUCCCUUUGACACCGAUCGAAUCGUGAACAAUAUUAACCGACUUCGGAAAGGAGAAUACUCAAUUCGACAUGUAUAUAUAUAUUUUUUUAUUUAUUUAUUUUUUUAUGUAUGUUACUCGAUUUCGCUGAGAUCUUAUCUCGUAGAGCAUAUCUCCGGGGUGAUUCCAUGAUCAAAAAAUUUUGGAAUUUCUCAUUUUUUAACCGGUUUUUUUUGUUGCAAAAAACCGAAAAAUUUUGUAUUUCUUCUUAUUUCGAAAGGAAUCGACCAAUCGGAUCGAAUCUUCUUGCAUCUGGCAGGGCUUCGUUGCCUCUUAAAAGCUUGACAAAGAAAUUUGACCUACUUCCAUUUUUUACCACUUUAUUGCACUUUUUAUCGCGAAAUUGUACUAUUUCCCGUACGUUCGGCCCGAAUUCGAUGAAAUCGAUGAAACACUUUACAUUUUGUUGCCGGACAGGUUUUCGAGUUGAUCACUUUGCAUAAAUGAUUUUUCUUAUUGUUUAUAUUAACUAUUGUUAUUGCAAAAUUCCUAUUUUUUUUUUUUUUUUUAUGAAACUCGGCGAGGAAUUUAUGGAUCGAGAUUGAACUUUUCGCAUUUAGUGGCAGCUGAUUUCGUGAUUUUUCCAUUGUUUUAUGUUAACGUCUCGGAGAUAGUCCUGCGAUGGAAGUGUACGAGAAUGGUGCGAGCGUCGAUCCGAUGAUGCGAAUGAUAGACGAAGGAUGCACGAUCCAAUUGACGAUGAGAGACAACCAGAAUUUCCUUAACCCAGAUACUCAACCCAUGACUCGAAUGCACGUGGAGUUCGACAAUCUCUCCUACUCGGUUUCUUGUAACAAAGAAAAAUCGAAGAAGUUGCUGGAGAGCGUGACUGGGUGUUUCCGGCCAGGAAAACUGACGGCGAUUAUAGGGCCAUCCGGUGCUGGAAAAACGACAUUGUUACGGAUCGUAUCGACGUUAAAAACGACCAACGUAAAGGGAUCCAUUACCGUUAACGGCAGGGAAUGGAACGGUGGCGUUUUUCGAAAGCAAACGUGUUUCUUACCGCAAGAAUUCGCGCUUUUGCCAUUGCUCACCACCAGGGAAACGCUAUACAUCGCCGCGCGAUUGAAGGUUCAAGGUGUUCGCGGAUCCCGCUCUUUCUGUUUAAUUGUAAACGAAAUAGCCGAAAAUCUGGGAUUGACGCAUUGCCUAAACACGUUGGUGGAGAAUCUGAGCGGCGGCGAACGGAAGAGGCUGUCGAUCGGCAUAGAAAUGGUUACGCGACCUUGCGUUCUACUCCUCGACGAACCAACCAGCGGACUCGACAGCACCUCCUCGAACCAGGUGAUCGGUCUGUUGCAUAACAUGGCAAGAACAGGUUGCACGGUCGCGUGCGCGAUUCAUCAGCCCAGCAGUCGCAUGAUAUCACAAUUCGACGACCUGUUGGUUCUCCACAAGGGAAAGUCGUUCUACUGCGGUACCUGGGACGACGUUUUACCGACAUUCGAAAGCGCGGGCUACGCGUGUCCCCCGUUUUACAACAUUGCAGAAUUCGUUCUGGAGGUUGUAACCGCGGAGAGAGGCGGGGAUUUGCGUAACCUGUACACAAACAGCCGCGAAAAGUACUCGGAAUGGAAAACGCACUUCAAGUAUCCAAACAUGGGGAGCGAUUCGGCGGUUACAACGAAAAUAGACAAUAUUUCGAGCAAAUCGAAAUCGAUUUCUAUGUGGCAAGAACAGAAAAUCCUGUUAACGCGAGCGAUGAUUUGCAUCAGACGAGAUAAUACCCUAACGAAGCUCAGAUUCGCGGCUCACGUGGUAGUGGCGUUUCUACUAGGCAUAGUAUUCUACAAUUCUGGGACCGACGCUAGCAGAGUCAACAGCAACAUAGCAUGCGUGUUUUUCAUUUUGCUGUUUCUGUAUUUCGCGAGUUCCAUGCCAGCGGUGUUGAUGUUUCCCAUUGAAGCUGCAGUCUUCCUGCGGGAAUACUUGAAUAAUUGGUACCGUCUAAGGUCUUAUUACACCGCUAAAAUUAUGUCGGAUUUACCAUUGCAAAUCCUUUCUCCUUCGAUUUUCAUCGUCAUCGCGUAUUGCAUGACUGGCCAACCAAUGGAGUGCGUCAGAUUUGUCCGUACUUGGUUAAUUUGCAUUUUAACAACGGUCGUCGGACAGUCGUCAGGAAUGCUUGUCGGGGUUGCGUUCAACACACACUUAGGAGUGUUUUUGAUCCCUGCGCUCAACAUGCCAAUGAUCCUGUUUGCUGGAUUCUUCUUAAAAUUCAGCGAGGUAACAUUUUACCUACAACCUUUGUGCGUUGUCAGUUUCUUCAGGUACGCAUUCGAAGGUAUUCUGCUGACAAUUUACGGCGAUGACAGAGAAAGAUUGCCGUGUUCCAAAUUGUAUUGCCACUUACGCUCGCCAAGUAGAAUUCUGGACGAGAUGAAUAUGCCGACAAUUACAUAUUAUACCGCGAUACUCGGAUUAAUCGUUUGGAUAAUCUGUUUACAAGCGUUGACGUACCUGGUAUUAAAAUGGAAAGCGUACACGGCUAAGAGAUAAUUCGUGACUUUUAAAUAAUCGUUUAUGUACUUAGAAGUAAUUCUAAUUAGAAAUAAAUAUAAGUAAUUCGUAUUUUAUGAUAGAUUAUUCCAUAGCA